GUCCGGAUCCAGGAUUUGUGGAAAGCCUUGGUGAAGGAAAACUUCAUCUUCAGCUUUAAGAAUACCAGGGAGAUCAUGGCCAUAAGCAAACUUAAGACAAUGUAUAACAACUGCACUUUGCAGCUUAGAAGUCAUGUAUUGGGUUUGGAAAACCAGCUGACCAAUCAGAUUAAAUAUGGGGAAAUCCAGGAUCUCAAAAGAAGUUCUAUUGAGGCUAAUGUUGGAGAAAAAUAUGAAGCAAUCAGGCAAGAACUUCAAAGAUAUUUUGAUGAAGACCAAGACAAUGAAAUCCUGAUUCAGUGGAAGGGAAAUUUUGAGAAUAAAUUUAGAAAUCUUAAAGAGACCCUUGUUUCAGAAAUCACCAGAAAGUCCACUGAUUUUCUUAGCUCAAGGAAAAGUCAAGAUAAAUUAGAUAAAAAUAAAUCAGAAUAUGAAAAACAGCUGUUGUUAAGAAGUAGAGAUGUGGCUCUCUUAGUAACAGGUAAAGAAUUAAGUGAGGAUGAACUGAGAGAGAAAUUUAACCAACUUUGGACAAAGUGGGUCUCUGAAGUGUCCUCAAGUUCCCCUCCUGAGGAAGACCCCAAUAUCAAGGUAGAUUUGGAGGAUGUCUUUCUAGACCAUUUUAAGCAGGAGCACAAUGUCAUAAGGAAACUUCUAUCUUGUUCCAGAAGGGAAACAUUUUCCAUUGAUUUUGAAAAACAUGUCAAAAUGAAGAAAAUAUAUCAUGUUUUCACUCCCUCCAUAGCACAUAGUGAUAGGGUGAUCAUAAGGCAAACUACCAAAGACAUCAUGUCUCUGGUCAACAAAACUAUUGAAUCUUAUUUAGAAAUGGGAAGGGAUUAUAACAAAAGUUAUUUCCAUGAAAUACUGCAAUUGAUAGAUAAGGAAACUGCUUCUGCAUCCAAUGAAUCUAGAUACACAUUUACAAGUGAAUAUAAAAUGGAUUUGUCCUUAUGUUUGUGUAGAAGAGCAGUAGCUAUUUUUUUGGAUAUGCACAAAGCAUUCAAGAGAGCACAUGAUCCUGUCACAUAUCUGGAAAGCAAGAGAGAGGAUUUCUUUAUAAGCUUUAAGAUUUCCUGCCAAGGUGCAACCUCCAUCACGACAUUUGUUGACUUUCUGGGGCGUAAGCUCACUGCUUCCCUUCAUAUAGCAAUCUGGAAAAAGAUAGCCAUUGACCUUGCUGGGGAGAUUAGGGCUAACUGUCCUGCCUUCAGUGGAAACCUAUCCAAUCUGAAAAAACAUAUUCGCAUCUCUCUGUUUAAGGAAGAAAAUUUUGUGCAAUAUUGGCUAUAUAUCUGUGAACCAGAAAUUUUUUUAAAAAAUUACAUGAAGAAAGAGAUUGAAGCAUACUGUGGAAGUAGAGGAACUGAG